AUGAGAGAUAGAAGCAAAAGAAGAUCGUCUUCAAAAAGUAUCGUCUCAAGUAAAGGAGUUCCUGAGUCUGUUGGCUGGAUGGAGGUCAUGUCGAAAGUUCGGGUUGAAAAGGCGGAAAUAGAAGAAGUUGAAAAGGCUGAACCUGUGUGGGCUGAAUUCUACAUCGAAGAAAAUGCGGAGAUAUACGACGAUUUAGAAGUUGUAUAUUCUGAUAUCAAAAUUGAAAGUCUUCGUCGAAAACCGACUCGACGACAAAAAUCAUCGCCUCUCAUCGACAACAUGACGGAAAAACUCUUUGACAAUAUAUUUGAAGAAGCACUUCACGUGGAAAUAGAAGAUGAUGAGCUUUAUGAAAUGCUGCUUAGUCGAGGAACAGCCGAUGAAGAUCUUACAGAAAAACUAUCCAACUGCACUGUUCUCGCUGAAAAUCUCAAUAACAGGCUACAAAAAUUGAAUGAAAACCUCGACAAGCAGUUGGCCCAAGAGCCAGUUGAUGCAAAAGAAAAUAAGAAACAGCUUGAGCCGUAUAGAACUCCCAGUCCUACUAAAUUCGUCGUGCCAAAGACAGCCAAGCCAAUUCGUUCCUUAUCCGUUCCUGGCUCCUAUCUUCGACCUUCCAAGAAGAAAGAAAUCAUGCCCGACAACGACUACUAUGAAGAAGACCAAACUCCGCUCAACUCCGAGCUCACCCUGCUCUCCUCCUUCACCGACUGUAAUCGACCCGCUAGUCAUUCGCUUUCAGACAUUUCAUCGCGCGUCUCUGUCCGAGAUCUCCGUCGAAAAUUUGAAAAAUCUGCUGAAUAA